GGCGUGUUUCCCCCUCCCCCCUUCCCUCGUCCCCUCCCCUCCCCGGAGAAGAGAGUUGGUGUUAAGAGUCAGGGAUCUUGGCUGUGUGUCUGCGGAUCUGUAGUGGCGGCGGCGGCGGCGGCGGCGGCGGGGAAGGAGCAGGAGCGGGCGCGGGCGCAGGAGGAGGAGGUGGUGGUGGUGGAGGCAGUGGUUAGACAUGAACGCCGCCUCGGCGCCGGCGGUGCACGGAGAGCCCCUUCUCGCGCGCGGGCGGUUUGUGUGAUUUUGCUAAAAUGCAUCACCAACAGCGAAUGGCUGCCUUAGGGACGGACAAAGAGCUGAGUGAUUUACUGGAUUUCAGUGCGAUGUUUUCACCUCCUGUGAGCAGUGGGAAAAAUGGACCAACUUCUUUGGCGAGUGGACAUUUUACUGGCUCAAAUGUAGAAGACAGAAGUAGCUCAGGGUCCUGGGGGAAUGGAGGACAUCCAAGCCCGUCCAGGAACUAUGGAGAUGGGACUCCCUAUGACCACAUGACCAGCAGGGACCUUGGGUCACAUGACAAUCUCUCUCCACCUUUUGUCAACUCCAGAAUACAAAGUAAAACAGAAAGGGGCUCAUACUCAUCUUAUGGGAGAGAAUCAACCUUACAGGGUUGCCAUCAGAGUCUCCUUGGAGGUGACAUGGAUAUGGGCACCCCAGGAACCCUGUCGCCCACCAAACCUGGCUCCCAGUAUUAUCAGUAUUCUAGCAAUAACCCCCGAAGGAGGCCUCUUCACAGUAGUGCCAUGGAGGUGCAGACAAAGAAAGUUCGAAAAGUUCCUCCAGGUUUGCCAUCUUCAGUUUAUGCUCCAUCAGCAAGCACUGCCGACUACAAUAGGGACUCGCCAGGCUACCCUUCCUCGAAACCAGCAGCCAGCACUUUCCCUAGCUCCUUCUUCAUGCAGGAUGGCCAUCACAGCAGUGACCCUUGGAGCUCCUCCAGUGGGAUGAAUCAGCCUGGCUACGGAGGAAUGCUGGGCAGUUCUUCUCAUAUUCCACAGUCUAGCAGCUACUGUAGCCUGCAUCCACACGAACGCUUGAGCUAUCCAUCACACUCCUCAGCAGACAUCAAUUCCAGUCUUCCUCCGAUGUCCACUUUCCACCGCAGUGGCACAAACCAUUACAGCUCCUCUUCCUGCACGCCUCCCGCCAACGGGACCGACAGUAUAAUGGCAAAUAGAGGAAGCGGGGCAGCAGGCAGCUCCCAGACUGGAGAUGCUCUGGGGAAAGCACUUGCUUCGAUCUAUUCUCCAGAUCACACUAACAACAGCUUUUCAUCAAACCCUUCAACUCCUGUUGGCUCUCCUCCUUCUCUCUCAGCAGGCACAGCUGUUUGGUCUAGAAAUGGAGGACAGGCCUCAUCAUCUCCUAAUUAUGAAGGACCCUUACACUCUUUGCAAAGCCGAAUUGAAGAUCGCUUAGAAAGACUGGAUGAUGCUAUUCACGUUCUCCGGAACCACGCAGUGGGCCCGUCCACAGCUAUGCCUGGUGGUCACGGGGACAUGCAUGGAAUCAUUGGACCUUCUCAUAAUGGAGCAAUGGGUGGUCUGGGCUCAGGGUAUGGAACCGGUCUUCUUUCAGCCAACAGACAUUCACUCAUGGUUGGGGCCCAUCGUGAAGACGGUGUGGCCCUGAGAGGCAGCCAUUCUCUUGUGCCAAACCAGGUUCCAGUUCCGCAGCUUCCUGUCCAGUCUGCAACGUCCCCUGAUCUGAACCCACCCCAGGACCCUUACAGAGGCAUGCCACCAGGAUUGCAGGGUCAGAGCGUCUCCUCUGGCAGCUCUGAGAUCAAAUCCGAUGACGAGGGUGAUGAGAACCUUCAGGACACGAAGUCUUCCGAGGACAAGAAGUUAGAUGACGACAAGAAGGAUAUCAAAUCGAUUACUAGGUCAAGAUCUAGCAAUAAUGACGACGAGGACCUGACCCCCGAGCAGAAGGCCGAGCGCGAGAAGGAGCGGAGGAUGGCGAACAACGCCCGCGAGCGCCUGCGUGUCCGCGACAUCAACGAGGCUUUCAAGGAGCUCGGCCGUAUGGUGCAGCUCCACCUCAAGAGCGACAAGCCCCAGACCAAGCUCCUGAUCCUGCACCAAGCCGUGGCCGUCAUCCUCAGCCUGGAGCAGCAAGUCCGAGAAAGGAAUCUGAACCCGAAAGCCGCGUGUCUGAAAAGAAGGGAGGAGGAGAAGGUGUCCUCGGAGCCUCCCCCGCUCUCCUUGGCGGGCCCGCACCCUGGAAUGGGAGAUGCGUCGAACCACAUGGGACAGAUGUAAAAGGGUCCAAGCUGCCACAUUGCUUCAUUAAUACAAGAGACCACUUCCUUAACAGCUGUAUUAUCUUAAACCCACAUAAACACUUCUCCUUAACCCCUUUUUUUGUAAUAUAAGACAAGUCUGAGUAGUUAUGAAUCGCAGACGCAAGAGGUUUCAGCAUUCCCAAUUAUCAAAAAACCGAAAAACACACAAAAAAAAAAGAAAGAAAAAAGUGCAACUUGAGGGGCGACCCUCUAACAUAUCAUUCAGAAUGUGCAAAGCGGCGUGUGCAGGCCGAGGCGCAGCCCAGAGACUGAAUGGCAAUCUUUCCACACUGUGGAGCAAUGCAUUUGUGCCUAAACUUCUUUUGGAAAAAAAAAAAAAUAUAAUUAAUUUGUAAGUCUGAAAAAAAAUAUUUAAUUUAAAAAAUUGUAAACUUGCAAUAAUGAAAAAGUGUACUUCUGAAGAAAACUACAUGAACGUUUUUGUUGGUAUUCAAGUCAGCUAGUGUUUAUAAUUACUGGAUAUUGAAUAAGGGAAGCUCGGCUGCCCUAGUAACAAAACCAGCAAACGUCCUGAUGACAACGAAGUGAUGACAUUAGCCAUUCCUUAGGGUAGGAGGAACAGAUGGAUCUUAUAGACCUAUGACAAAUAUAUAUAUAAAUAUAUAUAUAAAUAUAUAUUAAAAAUUUAGUGACUAUGGUAAGCUUUUGUUCAUUUGUUUCAGACUUUUUUCUCCUGUAAAAAAAUAGUACUGAUUAACUUUUUUAAAAGAAAGAUUUUACUGUAAAUACGGAUUUUUUUUCUUUUUUUUUGUUUUUUGUUUUGUUUUGUUUUUUCUUUUUUCUUUUUUGUUUUUUCUUCUUUUGGGGGGGGGCGGGGGGUCUUAUUUCUGUCCCUUUCCCUGGUUUGUUAUCGUAACCUGUAGUGCCAACUCUGCUUCCGGAGGGGUAGUGCAGGAUCAAAUGCUGACCCUGAUGUUGCUUUUCAUUCAUAAAUAAGUAGAAAGUUGUUUCUCCAGUCUUUUGGGAACACAGGACUUAAAAGUCACAUCAUGUGUAGAUAUUACAAGCAGCAUUACCAAGACAUGGCAAAAAGAGUUUGUCUGAACGUAAUGUUGCGUUUGUGACCCUAUUCUGGGAUUUUCAGAGGUACAAGGUUAGAAUGCUACAAUGUUACCACUGUGCCUUCCAAUGUUUAUAUCAUCGGAAACAUAACAUAAUCAAAGUGGCUGUGAUUUAACAAAAUGAUUCAAGUGUUACCUACAUGUGUAGCCGAAGUAGUGUGCAGUGAGGCGUUUCUGAAUACAUGGUCAGAUUUUUGGAAAAAAACAAAAACAAAAAAAACAAAGUUCAAAAACCAUCAAAUGAGAAAAUUGCAAGUAGUGUGACAGAGCUGAUUGAUUUUGUUGCUUUCUUGAUUUUUUGUUUUCAAAAUGGGUUUACUAAGAUGUAGAUGACUUAACUGACUCCUCCUUCGUCUGAAAAAUGCCAAUAUUCAAUCAUCAUGCAGCAUUAUAACAAGCCUUAUAAGUCCUAAAGCAUUAAGUUGCACUUUCUUGAGGAGGGGUAGUGCAGUAUUUUUCUGGCCAGUAUGAAUGAAGUUUAUACUUAACAUAUUUGAUAGAAACAUAGAUCAAGCUAUGGCACAGCAACUCAUCAGAUAGCUAGCUUUGACGUCUGGGCACAAUUGAACCAACUUCCAUCGUGAAUCUUUAUAAUGAUUGACUUUGGUGUAUAGUGCAGUAAACAAAUAGUGCUCCUAGUUAAGAAUCUGUCAGCAUCCUUUUGUCUCUAACUCGUUUCUAUUUUUACAGCCACACAAUCUUGGCAUGUAUUAAGAAAAAAAAAUCCCUGUUCAAGUAGUUUUUCCACCUAUCAGCACUGAGUAAAUGCCAUAAAUCCAUCGAAAUGGUCUAAAUGUUCCAUCUGUUCUCCUGUUUUGCCAGUUAUAUAGUAAUGAAAUACAUUUGUAAAUUUUAUGCAACAAAUGGCAAACGUAUCAUUAUUUUGAGAUUGUGUAUGUAAAAGUUAUAUUUUUACAUGUAGACUCUUGUUAUUAUGUGUUUUAAUACAUUGUAUCAGUUUUUGUUGUUUUUUUUUAAACUGUGUGGUUUAAAAAACGUCUCAUUUAAAUGAAAUAGUGAGCUACAAGAAUCUGAAUUUUAUGUUCAUUUCCGAAAAUGUAAGAACAAAUAAGAUAGUUACCACGUGGUCAUCUUUUACAAACCCAUAAACAUUUUGAUUAGCUGUGUGUGUGUUGAAAACUGUAAAUAUGUUCAGUAGCGAUAAAACUAAAAUACUUUGAUUUGUUGAUAAGUUCCUAAAAUGUGGAGGUGGAUUCAAACCUUAGGAGAAUAGCAGAAAUCAAACUUCAUGAAGUUAUUUUGAGGCUUGCCUGUGACAUGUAUGAACAAAGGGGCUCAAAGAAGGGCAUGGAAGACAACUGUUGUAUACUCUCCCCUCCUCCUGAACAAUGGAAACCAUGUGUAACUUGUUCCCUCAGUAUGUUGAAGAUUUCCUUUUAGAGGUACAUUCUGCACUCAUUUUGUAUAGUCUACCAAGGCGGGUAUCCCUAGGAACAAUAUUAUAGAGGAAGCAGGUCUACUCUGAUCACAUUCAGGAUAAGUGUACAGAAGAAAAUAUGGUGUUUACUCUUUAGGGAACUGGAAACACUCCCUGCAUUGAUGUACAUUUUACGAAUGGCACUUUUGAUAUGUGUUAUCAUAAAGGUGCU